AUGACUAGUGAAGAGUGUGUCAUUGUUCUCUACAGGUUGGGUGAUUGUGGAGUCACAGGUGAAGAUUGUGCUGCUCUGGCUUCAGCUCUGAAAUCAAACCCCUCACACCUGAGAGAACUGAAUCUGUCUGGGAAUAAACUAGGAGAUUCAGUUUAUCUGCUCUCUGCUGUACUGGAGGAUCCUCGCUGUAAACUGGAGACACUGUGGUUGAAGAAUUGUGAAGUCACAGAUGAAGAUUGUGCUGCUCUGGCUUCAGCUCUGAGAUCAAACCCCUCACACCUGAGACAACUGUAUCUGUCUAAGAAUAAACUAGGAGGUUCCGUUCAUCUGCUCUCUGCUGUACUGGAGGAUCCUCACUGUCAACUGGAGAUACUGUGGUUGUGGGAUUGUGGAGUCACAGGUGAAGAUUGUGCUGCUCUGGCUUCAGCUCUGAGAUCAAACCCCUCACACCUGAGAGAACUGAAUCUGGCUUUGAAUAAACUAGGAGAUUCAGUUCAUCUGCUCUCUGCUGUACUGGAGGAUCCUCACUGUAAACUGGAGACAAUGUGGGUCUUGUCCCCUGGCAUAGUUGCUUGUCACAAUGAAAAACAAGCCCUCUCAGGAAUGCGGUUUCUGGUGAGUGGUGUAGAGGAGCAUAUUUGGGUCAGACUGCUGUUCUUCUCACAGGUCAUCCCCCCUUAA